AUGUUUGAAAGGAGAAAGACACGCAAGCGGGCCAAGGUAAAGCGUUGGUUGAGAAGUUGGGUAUUCACUCCUCUCGGCAACGUGAGGAUCAGAUUGAUCAACAAGAUUGAGUGGAAGCGCUGUCGAAUUGUCCCAGACUGUGAGCUCAAUCGCAUCGUUCGUGGGGCACUCAAUGAUCGAUAUCCGAGUCGCUUUUUUCGGGAUCACAGUGAUCUCCAGGUAUCGAGCCCAGGGAGGAGAUCCUUGAUCAGCACAGAUGAUAGCUCUCUGUUAGAUCUGACUCUUACGUCCACAUGGGCAGAUAGUCCACAACAUCAGUCUCCUAAGCUGGAUUCAUGUGUGGCCAAAGGCCCACUGGUCAAUGGAGUCGGUCAGGAUGAGACUCCCACCCACCCUAACAAUCCAGACGAUCCCAGUGGAAGCUGGCAAGGGGAUGGGUAUUCUAUUCUAAGAAUCACGAACCCGGACCGGUCUGUGUUUAAUAAUGAUGAUGAGAAGUCUGAGGACAUGAUUUCUGUAUUUGAGGUUCAUAGGAAUACGUACGAGCUUUCCGCAGUUAGGUCAAUGAGCCCAGUCUUACCUGCCGAAUUAAGUGAAGAAACACAGUCUCGGCAGGUACGUUCUGCUUUCGCCGCCUUCAAUGCUGGGAUGGCCAGUUCCUCAGUGAUUGAAGACUUGCCUCCCCAACUUCCAGAUUUGUAUUUCACACAUCAACCUGAUCCACCAUUAUGCUGCCUCAUCACAUCAGCUCUCCGAGAUAGCUCAGUUUUUUUUGAGAACGGUAUCUGCUCAUGCACACAAUUCCAGCAAGCUGCUGAUCCACUAAUUCAACAUGCUCCCUCGUCAGAUUGGCCACGAUUAUCGGACACAAGGGCUAGUGCCCGGAAGUCCACUGCAGAAGUCCUCAUGCGCCAUACAUACACAAGGCGAAAUGCCACCCUCAACAGCUGGCAUAUCCCAUCAAAUAUCGUACCCCGGCCACUCAUCAUUCGCAAAGUGUGCAAGGCCAUCCGCAACAAAACCGGGGAUGAUGCUUUGAUGUCCAUUCCCGAAGACACAGCCCAUGAUGAUGUGACACCACCAGUACACCACCAACCAUACAAUCUCCACUGCAAGAUCAAAAAUGGUCCAUUGCCUUCUCUGCCUCCGGCAACAUCUACUUCGCAUCUGCCAAGUACCUCAUCCCCUCCUUCAGCUGCAGCAAAGCCCACCUCUCAGGAAGCUGGCAUCUCAUCAAUCAUUCGUUCUUCGGAGUUGGCAUCACCUAGUGAUCUCCAACAGUACCCUAACCGGCCAACCUCAAUGUGCGGCGGCUGUCUGGCAGGACGCAACCGCGCCCUCCACAGUCAUCCCUAUCACCGCGGUGACAACAGCCCUCAGCUUGGAAAUCCACCUCUCCCAUACCCAGUUACUCCCCAAGAGCCAACCAGCCUCCUCCCUCGCAGCGACAGUUUGCCAUCCUCGCUCAGGUCUGGCCCACAGUGCCGACAUUGCACGACCCGUCGAUCUGGAGUGGUCUCUCCCCAGGUUUUGGGUCGUACUCGGAGAGUGAAUAACUCUCGGGCUUUGCAUCGUGCCUCCAUCUCCAUCCCAGGCGCCGCACCCAACUUGCCUUGGGGUGGCCCUGCAGGCCACAUGGGCUUCUAUGCUGCCUCUGAAGAGGGCUUUCCCUUGGGUGGUGGUCAUCUCGACGAGAAUUUUGAAAUGUGUCUGAGUGCGGGAUCGGCUGCGCGAAAACGAAGAUACCGCUAA